GCCACUCAGGCACAUUGUCCUGGUCACCCCAAAAUAACUUGCGACUAGUGUGCUGACAAAUGUUACUACUUUUACUGGUGACAGGUUGCCCUAGCUACUUGCCUCCAUAUUUUCCAGUAAACUCCAAGGUUAACUCUGUGCUAUAAAUUGGGAAUCCAUCCGGGCCAGCUGCCCCGUGUCCACAUUUUCCCAGGUGGCCACCACUGGAAGACUGGAAUCCCCUCUCUUUGCGCACUGGUGCGCUCCAAUGUUUACCGCCAGCUCCAGCCGGGGACCGCUGGGGUUUAUUUGAAGCAUGCAAGAGAACAAUGUGAACCAGCCUACAUCAUUGUCUCAGCUCUUGAGAGAGAACUACUUGGCCUAAGCGCGGGCGCACCAGAGACACAGCGCCAUGAGCCGUUCCGACUCCUCGCGGCACCUGGUCUACGCGCCCCUCAAAGGCAAGUCGGAGGACUCCGCGGGGCAGGACAAGCCCCAACCCCAGUUCCCAGGCCUCUCAGCCUUCCUGAGCCAGGAAGAACUGGAUAAGAGUGUCAACCUGGCCUGUCAGGCUAUCGGACACGAGGCCCGCGAGGAGAGGACAGAGUUCAAGGCCCCGGUCGCCCCUUCUGUCACCUCCACUGCAUCCAACACUCCCGACACCCAGCCUGACCUGGAACUAAAAGAACCCCGACCAACACACGCGACAUUCUUCCCAGAGAGGCGGUCAUUCUCACCUCUGUCCAUACAGGACAAUGUGAUAAGGAUAGACAAACAGAUAUAUCAGCCAUCCCAACUGUCCAUUCAGGACAACGCAAUAAGGACCGACAGACAGAAAUAUCCACUGUCCCAACCAUCCAUCCAGGACAACGACAUGAGGACAGACAGACAGACGUUCCCACCGUCCAUCAUCCAGGACAUUACAAUGAAGAACAACUGGGUGACCAGGGAGGCCUUUGAGGACUUUAAGAGGCCAGGGGCUAGGGGGAUGAACACUCCAGCGUACGGCCUGGGGAACAAGUCCAAGAAGGAGUUCCUCAACAAGGCAGCAGACUUCAUCGAGGAGCUCUCCUCUCUGUUCAAGGCUAACAGCUCCAAAAGGAUACGGCCCAGAUCAUGCAAAACUCAUAGGAGCAGAGCAAACAAGGGUCAAGUGGAUGGGAGCGUUUACUCCCUGAAUGUAGACGACAGGGAACGAACCAUUCUUCUCCAAGACUUCAAAAUGGAGAUGGAGAGGCCUACUAAUCCUUUCAGCAUUCAGCCAUCAGAAGUCCAGGGUUUGGGCAUGGAACCAGGGUUUGGGCACACUUACUUCCCCAUGCAGGACUGGAGGACUACUGAGGAGCAGUAUGAUGACUCUGGGGUGCUGGAGGCGGAUGGGCUGGAUGAGGCUGAAAGCCCUGCCCUGGUGGAGGUCACCCCCGGGGUGUACACAGCCGACCCCAUCUGUGAGCCCCCUCACUUCAUCCAAAAACUGAAAAGCAGGGAGGUGCUGGAGGGCAGCAAGGUACAGCUGGACUGCAUUGUUCGAGGACUCCCCAUGCCCGAAGUCCGGUGGUUUUGUGAGGGGAAGGAGCUGGAGAACUGCCCUGACAUUCAGAUCAUCAACAACGGCGAGUUGCACUCUCUGAUCAUUGCCGAGGCAUUCGAGGAAGACACAGGGCGGUACUCUUGCUUUGCAUCCAACUUCUACGGCACAGACUCUACGUCUGCCGAGAUCUACGUCGAAGGUGCCUCCUCUACAGAUUCGGAGGGGGAACAACAUUUUGAACUUGCACAACUACAGAGGACCCGAGCUCAGCCGGGUGCCCCAUCUUUACCUCCAGUGGUCAGCGUUGUGUCUCUGUGUGAGGAUGACACAACCAUCUGCACUGAAGGACAGCCACAGGAGGCCACCUCACUGCCUUCUAGCCAGAACCUAAAUGGAGACAGCUAUACUCUAAGUCCAGACAUCUAUCCUCGAGGUCUAGACGGGAGGCCUAUCAUGGCUGCCCCUGUUUUCACAAAGAGUCUGCAGGACCUGUUGGCAUCGGAGAGCGAGCUGGUGGUGCUAGAGUGCCGUGUUAAAGGAGUGCCCUCCCUCAAGGUGGACUGGUACAGAGAAGGAACUGUCAUUGAGGACUCCCCUGACUUCAGGAUCCUGCAGAAGAAGGAAAUAUGCACUUUGGUCAUUGCUGAAGUCUUCCCUGAAGAUUCUGGAACAUUCACUUGCACUGCAAGCAACAAAUAUGGAACUGUGUCCAGUAUUGCUGCACUAAGGGUGAAAGGAAAUGAAAACACCAACAACAACCACGUGAAAACUCUCGUAGGCACUUUAACAAUGGAGUCCACACAAGUCCCAGAGCCUUCUUCAUCAGAUCUCACUCUGCCCAGUCUAAAGCCUCAAGCUGAGGCUCUUCUCACCAACAGCAUCAAGCCUCACUCCAGCACCAUCAGCCUGGAUCCCUUCAGCUCCAGCAAUUUACGACUGGAACUUCUGAGCACCAGUACCCUCCGUCUAGACCCUCUGAGCUCCAGCAUGCUGCGCCAGGUGCCUAUCAGCCCCAGCAUGCCCAGCCUGGACCCACUAAGCCUGGGCAGCAGCCUCCGUAUAGGCACCCGUAGCUCCAACACAUCUCAUCUGGACCCACUCUACCUGAGCACCCCUCACCCAGACCUGCCUACUAGCUCCAGCGUGCUAUGCCCGGAGCCCCAGAACAGUGGUGAGAUGCCCAAGACUGACCAUGAAUACUCCAGAGCCUUUUCAGUGUUACCUGACCCUUCCGUUGGUCUUUGGCCUAAGGUGGAAGGGACUCCUAUCCAUAAACCUGAGCCCCCUCCCCAUGUAAACCUCCCUGAUCCCCCCCAACUCCUCCUGCCUUAGCCUGGGGUUCUGGUUAACCACAACAGGCCCAGGUCCAGCUCCAGGGCAGGCCUCUGUGUGCACUUCAAACUGCCUGAGGAUGAAACGGAAAACCAGAGUGAAGCAUCCAAUAGCCAUUCAUAUGAAGAUAUGUCGCAGUUGGCCAAUAAGGAACCACCUCCAGUACUGGCCAAGCCCAAACUAGACCCUGUCCAGCUGCAGCUUCUGCACAACCAGGUGCUUAUGGAGCAGCAGCAGACUGAGACUGAGCCAACCAGAGCCACCAAGAGCCAACCGGAGGCAUCUGCCUGGCCAGCCCAGACACACCACGAGUCCCAGGCACAGAUCCAAGCCCAGCCUCAGUCAAACCUGCCCCAUUCAUCUACCCCCAUGCUCCUGCAGACCACCCACGCCGUACCCAUACUGACCACAGCCCCAACACCCUUUCUCAACUCCGCCCCUGUGACAAGAUUGAACACUACCCCUACACCCCAGCUAAACACUAGUCCCCCUGCCCACCUGCUAAACAUUGCCUCUGCACCACUACUGAACCCAUACACCACCCAUUCCUAUUCUACUUCUUCACCCCUGCUAAACACAAGCCCUGCACCCCCAAAGAACACUACCUCUGCAACGCUACUGAACACAGCCCCUCCUGCACCCGUUAUGGGUACCCUGCCGUCCCUUCCUCAACUGAAGACAGCUCCUUCUUGUAUGAGCUCCCCUCCAACUGCCUCUCUGCUGAGAACUGUUCCUGCACCACACCUGUACACCAGCCCUGCAUCCCCACCCUAUAUGACCCAGCAAAACAGCACCCAUUCUUCCCAGCUGAAUUUCGCCCACUCAUCCCUGCCUAAAGCCAUUCACGUACCCAAGUUUAGCACACCUCCCACACCUCAUCUGAAUACAGCCCCCACAGCGUCUCUCAGCUCCAUCCCUGCAGCUUUCAACAAGGCCCCCACAACCAUGCAGAACACCUCCCCCUCUCCCCUGCUCAGAACAACCCACGCCUCCCUCCUCAACCUGGCUCCUACGUCACAGAGCUUCAACCACGCUAGGCCAAAGGAGUUCAUCACUGCCCAGACUCCCCUCUCUCCAUUUAGGAGUCCCUCUCCUACAGAAUCCCCCGUUCCGUUGCUCCACAAGCUGGCUGCCGAGCUCAACUCCUCCAACCCCAACCAGUUCUCUCCGCAAUCCAGAGUCUUACCCACCAGAGUCCUCAAGUCACCCACCAGCCCCCCUUCCUUCAUGUCCUCUCCCACCUCCCCGACCCUGUUGCCUGCUGCCUACCUAAACUCUGUGUUCGCCCUGCCACAGCAGUCGCCCCCGCAGGCAGGGUCCCCGACCUCCAGUACCUCCAGCCCCAUCCAGAACCAUGUGGCCUUCCUCAGCUCUGUCCUGCCCUCUCUACACACCACACAAGCCACCAACUCGAUGGGCCUGCCCAGGAGUGCUCAUGGGCCACCUCAAGGCAUACGGAAGAAGUUGCCUACAAGCACUCGUCCUAUUUUAGAUGAUGACAUUCGUAGCAGCCAACAAACUCUCCUCCACGAUAUUGAGAAAAGGCUUAGGUUCAAUGAAGAUUUAAUGCGUGGUCAUGUACAACAGAAGCCGACUACUUAUGAGGGGAAAACAGCGAGCAGACACCUCGGACCAAACAUUCCCGCCACUGUCUUUAACUAUGACGAGGAGUACAAAGUGUCCAACUUUGAGCAGAGGCUGAUGAGUGAGAUAGAGUUCCGUCUGGAGCGCACGCCAGUCGAGGAGUCAGAUGACGAGGUACAACACGAUGAGAUCCCAACAGGGAAGUGCAUCGCUCCCAUGUUUGACAAAAAACUGAAGAACUUCAGGGCCAUGGAGGGUGUGCCUAUGACGUUCUCCUGUAAAGUGAUGGGGAUCCCUGUACCUAAGGUUUACUGGUUUAAGGAUGGCAAGCAGAUCUUGAGAAACAAUGAUCAUUAUAAGAAGAUAAGACAGGGGGACGGAACCUGUGCCCUACACAUAGAGGUCACCAAUAACGACGAUGAUGGCAACUACACUGUCCUGGCAGCUAACCCCCAGGGACGAAUCAGCUGCUCCGGUCAUUUGAUCAUCCAAACAGGUCCUUUCCGAAACCGAAUGACACCUAUGAUUCACUCUCAGAGGGUGCGGGCCCGCAUACAGGAAGUGGAAGAGGGUGAACCAACCCAGGAACGCUUCUUCCAACCUCUUGCUCCAGGGGACAUGGUGGCUCACGAGGGCAGAGUCUGUAGAUUAGACUGCAAGGUUAGUGGCCUUCCAAACCCAGAGCUGAUGUGGCUGAUCAACGGGAGGCCCAUCUACCCAAACUUCUCCCACCGGAUGCUGGUGAGGGAGAAUGGAAUCCAUUCCCUUGUCAUAGACCCUCUAAAACAUAAUGACGCCGGGACAUACACUUGCAUUGCCAGCAACAAAGCAGGACAGAGCUCCUUCGGUCUAGAGUUAAGAGUUGUGGAAAAAGAGAUGAAGCAAGUCCCCCAGUUUGUGGAGAAGCUCCAGAACACAGGCAUCGCAGAGGGCACCUCCGUCCGACUGGAGUGCAGGGUGCUGGGCAUGCCUCCACCUGUCAUCUACUGGAAGAAAGACAAUGACACCAUUCCUCACACCAAGGCCAGAGUCAGCUUACACCAGGAUGCCACUGGAUAUGUUUUCCUCCUGAUUCAGCCAACCAGGAAAGAGGAUGCUGGCUGGUACACCGUAUCAGCAAAGAAUGAGGCGGGAAUUGUUUCAUGCACAGCGAGACUAGACAUCUAUGCCCAGUGGCAUCAACAUGUCCCUCUGCCUAUGAAGAAGGCUCCGCGGUAAGGCAGUCGCUAUGCAGCACUGACUGGCCAAGGCCUAGACAUAAAGUCUGCCUUUCCCACGACGGACAACAGCCCCAUCCUGUUCUCCAGCUCCCCUAUGGAGGCACAGUUGGAGAGCGAGGAGCUGUGAGGAGCUAGCUGUGUAAGAAGUAGACACACUCUGCCACAGGGUUGUAAAUGUCUGUAAACUUCCCCAUAAUGCACAGGUUUUUCAGAAAUUCUAGUUGAAAGUUUUGGAAAGUUUAUGGAAUUUUGCCAACCUACUCCACCAACAACCUAAUCACCACUGGUCCUUUGAACCCACAAACUACUCUUCUCUGGAGUCUCGUAGGGCCGGUUUCCCAGACACAGAUUCAGCCAAGUACGGAACUAAAAAACAUGCCCAAAUAGAGAAUCUCCAUUGAAAUGGACUAAUCUACUAGUCAAUCUAAUCUGUGGUGGCCAGUAGGAUUAAGAGAUGGAAGAGCAGGACUAUAAUCUGAGCAGUUUGUUUCAUCUGGUUUGUGUGAUACAUUAAAGUUAGAAUGACAAAAACGGUUAGAUUUUAAACUGUCAA